CCCAUUCGCUCGCUCCCGAAGCCACUAUCCCACUUCGCACUCUAGCUUCAUAGUACAACUCUUCUCUUCUUCGACAAGUACAUCGUAGUUUAACGAGAAAAUCGACAAGGAUGACGAGACGCUGCGGUACCUCGUCGGCGCCGCCGUUCGCCGCUCUUGCCCUGCUUCUCCUCCUUUCCUUCUCCCGCUGCGCGGCGGCCGCUCGCCUCCUCCCUGCCAGCACUGCUCCUCACGAAGAUUCUAGCGUAAUCGACGUCAAGGCGGCCGACGCUGCGUCAGACGGGCUAGGGGCGCUUCCGGCGGAAGGCGGCAAGGUCGGCAAUGGCGAGGAGCCAGCCCCGGAGGUGACGAUGGCGGCGGCAGAGGAUCUCGAAAAGGAGGAGGAGGCGUGCGAGGAGGGGAUCACCGCCGAGGAGUGCAUGCAGAGGAGGCUCCUCCACGACGCCCACCUCGACUACAUCUACACGCAGCGCAAGGGCAGGCCAUGAGAUGAGCUUGGGAUGCUGGAUAUUCAGUUGAUACAGGGAAUCGUCUGACUCUGACGAUAAUCGUGAUGAUUUUAGUUAUACUACUUAUCUAUACUACCUGUUGUUUUGGCAAUGUCAGUCCCGUGGCCCGUCCAUCUAGGAACAUAAUUCGUGUGUGGGUCUGCUUUCGCACCGCCCGUUUGUACAUCGCUAACACUAGUAGUCUGCUAAUAACUAAUAUACUAAAUUGCAUGACCUGCACAAGGAAGAAAAAUGCGAAGAA